AAGGUUCAUCAUCGACUGAUGGAAACGUUUCGUCUACUGUUACUCAAGUAGAAUUACAAGCAGAACGUGCUAGUCGUGAACAUUCAGCUCAUUUACUUGUUUUUCCUGAAUUAUUUCUAUCAGGCUAUGGACUAAGUCGUGAGAUCACUUUAUCUGCUGCUCGUUGUAUUAUUCAAGAAAAAGUCAUUGCUCAUCUACAAAAUAUUGCAAAUCAAUAUUCAAUUGCUCUCUUAAUAUGUUAUCCUGAAUUAGUUGAUGAGAAGAUAUAUAAUUCAGCAACGUUAAUUAAUGAACAUGGUGAUAUUUUACUUACAUAUCGAAAAACUCAUUUGUGGGCUAACGAAGAACGUGAAAUAUUUGCUGAAGGUGAUCAAUUAUCGUCUGUUGUUGAAAUACGAGGUGUUCGAGUAGGUGUUAUGAUAUGUUACGAUAUGGAAAUGGCUGAAGUAGCACGUUGUUUGACUCUUCUCGGAGCUCAACUCCUACUUGUACCUACGGCUUUAGCUGUAUCACCGGCAAAUGAAAACAUCACUCGUUUUAUCGUACCAAUUCGAGCUUUGGAGAAUCAUGUUUGGCUUGCCUAUGCCAACUUGUCUCUACCGCAAUUUAUUGGUCUUUCACGCAUUGUUGGACCAGAUGGUAAUGAAUUGUGUCGAGUUGAAAAAGAUCCACUCAUAGUAGCUGACCUUAUUCCUAAGAAUUAUUUACAUAAAAUACGAUCGACACCUUAUUUAGCUGAUCGUCGACCUUUUCUUUAUUCAAUUAUUAAUGAUUUAAAAUAUCUUGUCAAAUUACCUAUCGAUUAUAAAUAUACUGAUGACUAA